AUGAAUGAGUUGGAAGAGCGUCCCAGUAAAAGCGCCCAUAAGACCGCCUGGAAACUUGAGUUGGAGAGAUGUCAAGCUUAUAAGGACCGUGAGGCUGUCUAUGUCAAAAAUGUGAGGGUCCGUCUCCCUGUGAACGUCAAGGAAGACUCGAAGGCAUCCAAGGUGAAGGCAGCGCAAGCUUUUGACUUCAAUCUUCGUCAUGCUAGCUGGCUCAAUUGGAAACUGAAGAAGAAUAACGUCUUUGAGAACCAAGAAGAAGAACGGAAGGCUUUCAAUCGGUGCUAUAUCUUCAGCCCGGGUAGUCGGAAGUCCAACAUGCUGUUCCAGUAUGGACUGCGAUAUAUCCCAGGCGAAAAAGAAUUGAACAUCUACCGCACUGUGAUGAUCGACUUCGUUCCCCAGCACAUGGCAAUUUCUGAGAUCCUGCACAGCAUUCGUGGUGGUGCAGUUCACUCUGCAUACUUGGCUGACACCGUGGCGAUCAAUGGAUUCAAGACUGCUAAGAUCACUUUUAUCAAUCAGAAGGGAGCCAUGAACUUCUUCAAGUGUGUCCAGAAAGAUGGAUUUUAUGUCGGUAUCAACGUCCUUCCGGUUUAUGUCGUUCGUUCCCCUUCGUACCCACCCGAGUUAUCCACCACUGAUAUCCAGGGUGGGCCAACUCGCUGCCUGAAAGUUCGUUCAAACGGAAGCAAAUUCCUGAAGAAGGAAAUUUAUGGUCUUCUGUCGUCCUCCCGCCUGGGUACAUACGUGGACAACUUUGGAGUGGACAACGUUGAGGGGGAAGUAUCGAUCCGAUUCAUUUCGGUCGAUGCGGCCCUGCUGACCGUUGGCAUACUGCGACACCGUGAAUGGAGUAUCACCUUUGGCGAUGAUCCCUGCGCUGCUUAG